UUUAGUGGUCACAUUCAGCCUUUACUGACCGACCGGCAGAGCUGCAGUUACUGCUGGACAGUUCUUGGAUUACAAACAUGAAAUUGCUUCAGGACUCAGAGGACGCAAAGGCCCAAAGAAAGAUCCUCAAACCUCAAGUUGAAAGACGUCGAAGAGAGAGAAUGAACCGCAGCCUGGAGAACCUUAAGACUCUUCUGCUACAGCAACAGGAACAGACUCAGCGCAGAGUAGAGAAAGCUGAGAUACUGGAGCACACAGUCCUCUUCCUACAGAACACCACCAAAAGAGACAACACGAGAGCUGGAGGUGGAGGCCAGAAGCACUCCUUCCAAGAUGGCUUCUCCACCUGCCUACAGAGAGCCACUCAGUUCCUGGGACCUGAGGGGAAGGGCCUGUGGCUUGGAGCAGCUCUGGAUGCUCGCUUUGCCCGCUCAGACUCUGAUUCUGCAGGCGCCCACAGGACAUCUGAAUCUUCCAGCUCUCUGGUUCUCAGAAAGUCCUCCAGAUCUUUCCUUCGCAUGUUGAUACACAGGUCCAAGCACAGGUUGUAUUCUCCCCCCCUCAGUGGGGCCAGUUGUGUUCAGAGCCACAGAGACUCACGUUGCUCCUCCACAAUUCCCCAACAGACCCACACAGUGACGAGUCGAGUGAGCAACCAGAACCGACCCGUCAGUCAGUCUCUGUGGAGACCCUGGCCCUGAUCACCAGGCAGUGACUUCAGAAACUGAACUUUUAAUGACUAUAACAUGCUCAUUAAUAUUCAUACAACAGCAUGUAUUGUUCAUUUGACCAAGGACAUUUCCAGUGCAAUGUAUGGAACACGGGUCUCCUGCUUUCUGUCAUUUCUGAUCUCUUUGUAGAUAUUGUAAAUGUAUCAUGAUCACACCACGUGCUGCUACAGCCUAUUCGGACCAAGUCGUGGUAAAUGUUUCAUGUAUGAAGUAUUUUUGCACCUUAAUUUAUUUUAUUUGCCAUUUGUAAAUAAACAAAGGUAAAAACCA